AGACACAGAGGGAUUGGUUAAAAAGCACUCUCUCUCUCUCCGCUCCCUCUCCUGACCAAGACUUUUCAACAGGUGUCCAGGGGAACACAUUAAAAAAGACACCCAGCUCCUGAAACUUGGAGGGGCAGGAUAAUUAACUUGUGAGAGGAAAACUGCAACGCCAUGAUUCCCAGGCCGAUCAGGCAAGGCGUUUCGCUCCUGUUGGGGGCGCUGUGCGCCUUCACCUGCCUCACCGCAGCGGAAGACACCCCCCCAGCUCCCGGCGAACAAGGCCUCACGUUCAGCCACGUCUACAAAUUCGACCUGGCCCAGGGAUCCAACUGCAAGCAGGCCGGCCACACCCUUCCCCAGGACCAGGCCGGGGAUCUCCAGGCCGGGACCCUGGCCACGGUCUCCGUGGACGGGGAAAACGACAUCGUGUUCAAGCACAACAUCCGCCUGCCGGCGCCAAAGUGCGACUGCGAGGACCUGGAGGCCUUCAAGUCUCUGCUGUACCGCGUCAACGGCCUGGAGGAGGAAGUGACAUACCUGAAGGCCCAGUGCUCCCAGGGCUGCUGUAGCCAGCGCGGAGGUGCAGACACCUCCUGCAGCGGACACGGAACGUUCCAGCACGACACCUGCGGCUGCGCGUGCGACCCCGGCUGGGAAGGGCCCGACUGCUCGACCUCGUCCUGCCCGGACGAGUGCAACGACAACGGCCGCUGCGUCGACGGGCGCUGCGUGUGCUACGAGGGCUACGGCGGGCACGACUGCGGCCUGCUGCUGUGCCCCAACAGCUGCAACGACAAGGGCCGCUGCGUCGACGGCGCGUGCGUCUGCUUCGAGGGCUUCGAGGGCGAGGACUGCGGCCUGCGCCGGUGCCCCGGCAACUGCAGAGGGAACGGACGCUGCGUGGACGGGGCCUGCGUCUGCGACCCGGGCUUCUUUGGGGACGACUGCUCCAAAGUGAUGGGCACUAAAAACCUGCGCCUGGUCAGGGCCUUGGAGGACUCUCUCCUGGUGGAAUGGGACUCAGUGAAGGGGGCAGAGUACUACGUCCUCACCUACUACCCCGAGGGAAACCAGGGCGCCUUGCAACAAGUCAAAGUGCCAAACACCCAGAAUUCCUACCUCAUCACGGGCCUGACCCCCGGGGUGAAGUACAUUGUGCAGGUGUACGCAGUAAUUAAGGGAAUCAACAGCGAGGCUGACAGGCUGGAGGCUACCACUGUGGUCACCUCUGUGGAUGGGAUCCGUGUGCUCGGGCAGACUGAGGACACCAUCCAGGUGGACUGGCAGAACCCGGCGGCCGAGCUCGACCACUUCCGGCUGACCCACAGCAACCCCGAGGGCCAAGAGGAGGAGCAGGAGGUCCCUAUGAGUCAGGAGGCCAGGACCAAACACACCAUCAUCGGCCUCUUCCCUGGGACGGAGUAUCUUAUAACGGUCCAGGCCAUCAGAGGCACAUAUGAGGGAAAGGCCUCCUUUGUCACCGGAAUCACGGAAUUGGAUGCUCCCACUAACCUGGUGACCAGGGUGGUGACGGAGGACACUGCCAGUGUGACGUGGGACAAGGUGCAGGCUGAGGUGGACGGCUACGUGCUCAGCUACACCGCCCCCGAUGGCUCCAGCCAGGAGAUCCCAGUCGGGGCAAACACCGCCUCCUACAAGCUGACUGGGCUGCGGCCUGGAGUCACCUACACCAUCUCCGUUUGGGCUGUGAAGGAGUCCCGCAACAGCAGGAAGAUAUCCACAAAGGCCGAGACAGAGCUAGAUGCUCCCACUAACCUGGUGGCCAAGGAGGUGACAGAGAACACUGCCAGUGUGACGUGGGACAAGGUGCAGGCCAAAAUCGAUGGCUAUGUGAUCAGCUACACUUCUGCUGACGGCUCCAGCCGAGACAUCCCAGUGGGGGCGGACAGCAGCUCCUACUUGCUAACUGGACUGAAGCCUGGAGUCGCCUACACCAUCUACAUCUGGGCUCUGAAGGGGAAACGCACCAGCAAGAAGACUUCCACAGAGGCUGAGACAGAGCUGGACGCCCCCACUAACCUGGUGAUCAGGGAGACAACGGAGGACACUGCCACUGUGACUUGGGACAAAGUUCAGGCCAACAUCGAUGGCUACGUGCUCAGCUACGCCUCCCCCGAUGGCUACAGCCGGGAGAUCCCAGUUGGGUCGGAGAGCGCCACCUACAGGCUGACCGGACUGAGGCCUGGGGUUAUCUACACCGUCUACAUCUGGGCUGUGAAGGGGUCGCGCACCAGCCGGAAGACGUUCACAGAUGCUGAGACAGAGCUAGACGCUCCCACUAACCUGGUGACCAGGGAGGUGACGGAGGACUCUGCCACUGUGACGUGGGACAAGGUGGAGGCCGACAUUGACAGCUACGUGAUCACCUACACCUCUGCUGACGGCUCCAGCCAGGAGAUCCCAGUGGGAGCAGAGAGGGCCACCUACAGGCUCACUGGACUGAAGCCUGGAGUCGUCUACAUGGUCUACAUCUGGGCUGUGAGGGGCUCUCGCUCCAGCAAGAAGGCAUCUACAGGGGCCGAGACAGAGAUCGAUGCGCCCUCGAACCUCAAGGCAUCGGACAUUCGGACAGACAGUGCAACCGUGACAUGGAAGGCCCCUCUGGCGACCAUCGAUGGGUACAUCCUCAAAUACGGUGCAGAGGACAGAACCGGUCAGGUUGUGGAGCGCCAGUUGCGUGUGGGAGAGUUGAAGCUGGGGCUGGCCCAGCUGGAGAUGGGGAAGAAGUACUUCAUCACCAUGCUGGCCUACAGAGGGGGGAAGAAGAGCCGGCUGGUUCAGACCACCUUCAGUACAGUGGGUGUGGCCUACCCCUUCCCAAUGGACUGCACUCAGAUCCUGAGGAAUGGGCACUCAGAAAGCGGGGUCUACACAAUCUACAUCAACAAUGACCGCUCCAAACCCAUACAAGUGUACUGCGACAUGACCACUGAUGGAGGUGGCUGGGCCGUCCUUCAGAGACGCACCACUGGGAAGCUGGACUUCAUGAAGCGCUGGAGGCAGUAUGUCCAAGGUUUCGGGGAAUUGACUGAUGAAUUCUGGCUGGGCUUAGAGAAGAUUUAUGAGCUGACCAACACAGCGACCCAGUACGAGCUGCGUAUGGACCUGAAGCUGGGUGCUGAGUCGGCGUAUGCCGUCUACGACAAUUUCAAACUAGCACCGUCCAAGCAGAAGUACAGGAUAACCGUCGGCAACUACAGAGGAAACGCAGGCGAUGCGAUGACCUACCACCUGGGAAGACCCUUCUCCACGGUGGACUCGGACAAUGACAUCGCCCUGGGCAACUGCGCCCUGGCGCAUCGCGGAGCCUGGUGGUACAAGAACUGCCACCUCGCCAACCUGAACGGGAAGUGGGGCGACAACAGGCACAGCAUGGGGGUGAACUGGGAGCCGUGGAAGGGCCAUCUCGUCUCCCUGGACUUCACCGAGAUGAAGAUCCGUCCCGUGGGCAGCGGCGUCUCCACCCUGGGCAGGAAGCGGAGGUCACCGGCGGUUACGAGGAGAACGGCGCCUACCGAAUAAACCCACCAGGGGGCAGCAAAGAGCACUGGGAACUUUCACACACGCACCUCACAUUCAAGCAAAACUGAAUGCUAAUGAUUCUAAAACCGCCCCGUCUCCAUUUCCAUAUGCAAUUUAUGUUAUUCUUUUCUGGAAGUAGGCCACCCUACUUCCAAAUCCUGCAGAUUUUCUCGGUCCUCCGAUAGAGUGGGACGCUGAAUUCACUUCAGCAACUGGUCACCUGUGCUUAUUCAGCCACAUAAUUGUUCUAGUUAAACAUAAACCCCAUGGUGCUCCUCCCCAGAAAGGGUGGCUGAUCUCUCCCCUGUACCAAAUUAUGCUGGUUAUGCUGUCUGUACUUAUAGUUUGGAAUAGGCCACUUUUUUAUUGUAUUUGUGUAACAUUUUGUACAAAACGUAGCGCAUAAGAACUACAUGGUACCUUCAUAAGUGUUGCACAGCCUUUGUAACGCACUGUUUCCAAUCGCUAUAAUAUCGCAGUGUCACCAUAAAUGCCAUUACUGUGAUACUUUAAUCUGAUAUAUUUUCACAAGCAGUAUUUUAUAUGAAUGAUGCCAUAGCUCAGCAUAUUGAAAUCCAUGUCAGGAGGUGUAAGUAUCCAUAAAUUGCAUUUUUCUGUAUUUUACACCCAUCAUAAAAUGUUAUUCAUGUUCCUUAUCCUAUUGAAACCUGGCGGAAAAAAGAAAUCAAUUUUGUGACAUAAUAUUUGUGUCUUCAAUGACAAAAACUUGUUGCAGUGAACAUAUUUUCAAAAUAUGAUUUUUAUUGAAUUUCCCUUGUAGAGUAUACUCUCAGAAAUAAAGGUACAUCAAGUGUCAAAAAAUGCUUGUCACUGGGGCGGUACCCUAUAGGUUAAAAAAAUUGUACCCCUCGACGGCAAUAUAUAAUGCAUAUGUACCUUUUUUGUUUGGAAAGCAUACUCAUUUGUACCCAAAGAGAAUAUUACAUUUGGGAAAUUUGAUCCUUGAAGAACAAAAAUGUACCUCCACUGUCACUUUAUUUCUGAGAGUGUAGGUCACUGCAUAGUAGAACAUAUGGUUCUUCAGUAUGAUGUCUCCUACCGGGCGCAGCAGUGAAUUGCCGGGUUUUAUGAGGGCUUGUAUGUAAAAAUACUUAACUGAAACAUGCGUGAUCAAUCACUGAACUCAAAUGAGCCUUCUGGGGAGAAGCUCUGAGCCUCUGGCUUAGAAGAAGGGGCACUCUGAGACACGGAGGAAUCCAAACGCUAGCUGGCAGGAAGCGUUAGAUCAAUAGCACCCUGCCCUGUGAUUCCUGCACCCCCCAGACGGCUCACAGGGCCAGCUAACCCCCCCCUGUACGCUCAACGAGGAGCCAUCAUUGUCCUGUCCGCAUCACCACCCAGUUCUCCAAAUCUCGUCCCAGGUCUGCUCUCUUGACCCUUUUUCUGUUUUCAAAGUUCUAAGUCAGUGUUCCAUAAUCCCAUUGCUUUCAGUUGCCAGUAGUGAUUGUUACAUCAGCAUUAGAAUGUUCAGUUCAGAGCUGUCUAAUCACAUAUUUGUCAUCUUACACCUUAAAGGGUUAAAUACCCUAACCUCUUUUUUUUGUUUGUUUUUGUUGUUGUUAUUGUUUUGGUCAGCACCACGUUAGGCGAUGACCUCGAGACAUAUCAAAUAUCUGAUAACACGCAUACGAUAUGUUGUACGAAAUAUCCUCAGCUAAGAUGUUGUAAUAUAUACUGUGUGUUUGGUAUUGUAUUUGUGCCUCGCCGUCUGGCACUCUCAUUAAGCCCCUUGAAAUGCAAUGCUUUAUUUGUUUGUUAGAGUGCUAUGAUGGAGGACGUAAGCUAAAUAAAUAUGUUGACUUUA